AUGGCUGGCCGUGCGCUGUUGGUGUGCGCCCUCUGCGUGCUGUGCUGCGCCGCCGGCGGGGGCCGGGCGUGGACUAUGGACUACUGCAAUGAUGAUAACUGGACAUAUUUGAAGGCGGUGAACUCCAGCAAAACUUACAAGGAGCUCCUGCAAGAGUUCUGCGGUACAAAGGCGGAUUUCAUGCAGAAGGUGAUGGCCAAGGCGGAGGAAAAGGACGGGGCUGUGGGUUCGGGGCGGGGCGCUGGGGGAGGUGGCGGGGCUGGAGGGAGCCACAGUGGCGGUGCGCUGCCGUCGGGCCCUGGCAGCGACGGACACACCGCCGGCCAGAAAGAAAAGGGCCAGCAGGCAGCAGCAGGGGACGACAGCGAGCAUGCGGCAGAAGACUCAGCUUUGGGGGCGCAGGGAGUCCCAAAGGUGGCAGAAACAUCAGAGCCGGGGGGAGUCUUAAAGCCGUCACCUUCAGCGAAGCGAGAAGCGCCAGGGACGCCCCCACAGAAAGACGACUUAACGCCAGUUGACGCCAGUGAAGGAAGCAGGGCAGGGGAAGACGGGCAGCUGAAUAACGUGGCAGGCACUCCUGAUCCCAGCCAGCAGCAGCGUGAGGGAGAGACGCAGAGUGACCCGGGAGUAACACAAGCAACACCAGAAGCAGCGGCUUCACCGACAGCCUCGAAAAAUGGACUUUUGCAAGGCACCAAAAGCGCCACGGAUUCCGAUGCUGCAGGGAACCCAGACGGCCAACAGGAGGUUGCUGCCGCAAGUGCAGCGGCGGGCACAGCAAAUGAGCCGGCAGCAACAGCGGAGUCCACCGCCACUGAUGCAAGGAGCACGGCGACUACGACUGACGGUGACAGCGGCAGCGGCCCCGCAGCGCAGCCGCAGCCGGGGAGUUCCGUGGCGGCAACCGAGGCUGGCCAGCAAGAACAAAAGGAGCAGCCCGCAGUGCCCACCUCCAAGCCGGAAAACGAAAUGAGUGGCGGCGGCGAAGGACAAGCUGUUCAGCCGGCGGAGGGGGCGGCUGCUCAAGCGCCGACCCCCAACGCGUCUAACACUGCGAAUGCAACUGGCGGCGACGGCAGUAGCGCCGCGGCCGCACACUCCGCCUCCCCCCUUGCGCUGCUGCUUCUGCUUGCGUGUGCGGCUGCCGCUGCGAUGCUGGCCGCGUGA